AUGGGGAAUGAACAAGCCAAGCGAAAAGCAAUGAAAAAAGGGUCAUUAGGAGAUCUUAGCUUAAAAGAAAACAAGCUACCAACAAGGUUAUCAUUUGAUUCUCAACAAAGUGAUAAAACAACGCCUACAUCCCCUAGAAGUCUAAGACUAUCAGAGACUAGAGAUAGCCCAAUAAAACGACAAAAAACACCAUUAAUUAUAUCAAGAAAUUAUUCAAAACAACCAAACCUAAUGAAAUCACCAAAAACACAACCACUUCAAAAUGAAAAGAAACCAUCUCAUAUGUUCUUAAGUACAAAAUCUAAAUCUUCAUUAAACCUUAAUUUAGUCUCACUUAAUCAAGACCCUAAUGAUCCUUCUAAAAGAAAAGCAGCUACACCACGUGCAGAAUCAUCUCCUCGUUUAGGUAGUCAAAAAGAAUUUAAAAAAGAUUUCAAUGAAGUUAAAUCACUUAGACGUAAAUCAAUGCAAGUACUUCCAUCACUUUUUCAACCUCAUAGAAAUACUAAGAAAAAAGAGAUACAAAAUGGAACAAACUUAAUGGGACAAAAUCCAAAAGAAUUAUCAUUAUUGUCUGAAUAUAUUUCAGAACAAAUUCAAUUAGUUACUGAAAUGAUUAAAACCCAAUACCAUGUUAAUACGUAUCAAGUAAUUUAUGAUUCAACAUAUGAUGAAUUGUCAUCUCGAUUUUUUAAUUCUAAAGUUUGUUGUCACAAAAAUAUGUUCAUUAUUGUUACAACAAAAGAAGGAUAUGUUCUUGGUUUUUUCCAAGAAGAUUUUGUUCCACUUUCACCUAAAUUUCAAUGUAGUAAAAUUCGUUCAAACAAUUUUAAAGUAUUUGGUUUUGGAGACCAAUUUAUUGAUACUCUUCAAAAGACAAAUCCAAAAGAUGAUGUUGGAAUGAUUUUAUAUCCAAAUAGAGAAACAAGUUUUAUUUUUACUUGUCAUGGUGCAUUUUGGGUUCUUUCAGAUGGCAAAGUAUAUAUUCACCAAGGCAUAAAUAACUUUUAUAAUGUUGAUCCUUCUUGUAAAAAUCCACUAAUUCAUUACAAAAUGCAAAAAUUUCUCAUUCUUGAUACUUUAAUUGUAUUUGAAUGGAAAUAA